AUGAGUGCCACUGAUAAGGAAACGAAUAGUACCAUUGCCAAAGCUGGUGAAAAUUUGGAUUUAAAAACCUUAUUCGUUCGUUCAAUACCUUUUGAUGCUACUUCAGAACAAUUAUCAGAUUUUUUUUCACAAUUUUGUCCUGUUAAACAUGCAAUUAUAGUUACUGAUAAUGAAAAAAAUUCAAGAGGUUUUGGGUUUGUUAGUUUCUCAUUAGAUGAUGAUACCAAAACUGCUUUGGAACAAUCAAGAAAGAAUAAAUUUCAAGGUCGUUUAUUAAGAGUUGAUAUCGCUAAAAGAAGAGAUCGUAAAGAUAAAGAUGUUACACAUGUCAAACCUGAAAAGGAAGCUAUUGAAAAAAGAAGAGCUAGAUUGAUUAUUCGUAAUUUACCUUGGUCUGUUCGUGAUCCUGCUGAAUUAAAGAAAAUUUUCCAAAAAUAUGGUGCUGUUACUGAUGCUAUCAUUCCAAGAAAGAAAGGUGGUAAAAUGAGUGGGUUUGGAUUUGUUACUAUGAAGAAAAACUCAAGUGCUGAAAAUGCCAUUAAAGGUUCUCAAGGCCUUAAAAUUGCUGAUAGAGAAGUUGCUGUUGAUUAUGCUAUUGAAAAAUCCAAAUGGGAAGCAUAUAAACAAGAUAAUGAAGAUGAAGAAGAAUCCGAUGAAGAAGAAUCUGAAGAUGAAGACGAAGAUGAUGAAAGCAAAGAUGAAGAUGAUGAAGAUGAAGGUGAAGAAACUACAAAUAUCGAAGAUGAGGAUUCUGAAGAUGCUGAUGUCGCAGAAGAAGAAGAUGAUGAUAGUGAUGUUGAUUUAGAUAGUGAUGAAGAAAUCGAUGAAGAAGAAGAAGAAAAAGAAGAAAAACCAAGAGAACAAAAGAAUAGACAAGAUCAAUUCAGUAUAUUCGUUCGUAAUUUACCAUAUGAUGCUGAUGAAGAUACUUUGAAAGAACAUUUUGAACAAUUUGGUCCUGUUAGAUAUGCCUUACCAGUUAUAGAUAAGGAAACUGGUUUAGCUAAAGGCACUGCUUUCGUUGCUUUCAGAAAAGAAGAUGCUUAUACUAAAUGUUUAAGUGAAGCUCCAGAUGCUUCUUCAACUUCUAUCUUAAUUUCAGAUGAUGUUUCACCUGCAUAUGUUUAUCAAGGUCGUAUUCUUUCAAUAACGCCAACAGUCUCAAGAGAAUCUGCUUCAUUUUUAACUGAAAAAAAUGCACAAAAAAGAAGUGAAAACUUUGGUAAAGCUCCUGGUGAAAAAGAUAGACGUAAUUUAUAUUUAUUAAAUGAAGGUAGAAUUACAACAAGUUCAAAAUUAGCUUCUGCUAUUACACCAAUUGAUUUAGAAUUAAGAGAAAAAUCUUAUAAAUUAAGAGUUCAACAAUUAAAUAAGAAUCCAUCAUUACAUUUAUCACUUACAAGAUUAGCCAUUAGAAAUCUACCAAGAGCUAUGAAUGCAAAAGCUAUGAAAGCACUUGGUCGUAAAGCUGUUGUUGCUUUCGCAACUGAAGUUAAAGAUGGUAAAAGACAACCAUUAAGUAAAGAAGAAAUUCAAAGAUCUGUUAAAGAAAAGGCUAAAUUAGAAGAAGAUGGUGAAGUUGAAAGUAAAAGAACCAAAAAACUUGGUGUUGUUAGACAAGCUAAAGUUAUUAUGGAAGUUAAAGGUUCAGGUGAUCAAGGUCGUAGUAGAGGUUAUGGUUUCUUGGAAUUCAGAGAUCAUAAAACUGCAUUAAUGGGGUUAAGAUGGUUGAAUGCUCAUAAAGUUUCAGAAGAAGAAAUCUUAGAAGGUCUUACAGAUGAAGAAAAGAAAAACGUUAAACUUGAUCCAGCUAAAAAGAGACAAUUGAUUGUUGAAUUUGCUGUUGAACAUGCUAAUGUUGUUAAAAGAAGAAGAGAAAAAACUUUCCAAGCUAGAACUGCAGGUGGUUAUAAAAGAAAGAGAGAAGAUGGUUCAGAGGAAACUAGUGGUGAAACUUCAAAUUCAAAUCGUGAAAGACUUGAACCACAAAAAAAAAUGUAUAAAGCUGAUAAAGCAAAAGGUAAAAGAAAUCCAGCUAAAAAGGGUAAUAUGAACAAAGGACCAAAAGAAAAUCAAAAUAAAUCUGGUUUAGAUGAUGACACUAAAAAAUUGAUUGGUAUGAAACGUAAAAGAAGACAACAAAAGCAUAAAUAA